UUCCCCUUCAUUUUUCCGGUUCCCCGCGCUCGCCCUCGCCCUUUUCACACCCAUGGCGAUGGCGUGCCCCUCCUCCCCUCUCCCUCUCCUCCUCCCCCUCCGCUCCUGCCCUAAACCCCUCUUCUCGCCCUCCUUCGCCUCUGCCCUCGCGCGGCGGCGCCUCCGCGUCCUCCGCGCCGGCAACUCGGCGGUGGCCUCCACCACCGUCGCCGCCGCCGCCGCCGGAGACGACGAGGUGGCCAAGUGCGGGAGGAAGCAGGUCAUCAGCCUCACCCCAGAGCUCUACCGUUACCUCCUUUCCAACGUCCGGGAACACCCGAUCCUUCGCGAGCUGAGGGAAGAAACCGCAACGAUGAGGGGAAGCCAGAUGCAGGUGUCACCUGAUCAGGCCCAACUACUAGCAAUGCUUGUGCAGAUUACUGGGGCACAAAGGUGUAUUGAAGUCGGCGUUUAUACUGGGUACUCAUCUUUAGCUGUUGCAUUAGUUCUUCCGGAAUCAGGUCGUUUGGUUGCUUGUGAAAGAGAUGAAAAAUGCCUUGGAAUUGCAAGAAAGUAUUAUGAGCAUGCUGGAGUCUCUCGUAAGGUUGUUAUAAAGCAGGCUUUGGCAGCAGACACUCUAAGAUCCUUAAUUAGUAAUGGUGAAGCUUGCAGUUAUGAUUUUGCAUUUGUUGAUGCUGAGAAGCGAAUGUACGACGAAUAUUUUGAGCUGCUACUGCAGUUGGUCAGGGUCGGGGGCUUAAUAGUCAUCGAUAAUGUUUUGUGGCAUGGAAAAGUUGCCGAUCCUCAAGUUAAAGACUCCAAGACAGUCAGCCUAAGAAACUUCAAUAAGAAACUUCUAGCUGAUAAGCGCGUUAACAUCAGUAUGGUUCCUAUCGGAGACGGAAUGACAAUAUGCCGCAAAAUGACCGACAGUUGACUCUGCGAGAUGCUUCUCUGGUAAUUCAAAUCCUGCUUUCUUCAGAAAUAACCUUCGAAACCGCAACCUACGGUAAAUAGCCAGCUCAGUCAUCGAUCUCGCUUUGCCGUCAAAUUUCUAGAUCAAUUAUGAGUUAUGCUGUGAGCAUGACCCUGCGGCACCCAAUGGCCCAAGACCAGGUGAAAUCUCAUUUCAAACCUGCCUUAGCUGAUCCAUUCCACUAACUGGUUAUGUAGGUUUCUCUCUCUACUUAUUAGGAUUUGAUGUAUUAUGUUCUUGCGUUAGGGAAUAAGUUGUCAGAUCAAUUUUUUUGAUGAGAAAGGUAGAUUCUUCCAUUUGAGAAAUCCAAGAAUCAGAGAGCUCCAAAAAAUUUGUCAUUGAAAGUUUCCAUUUCUUGUGCUCAAGGAUUUAAGUGUUGCGGCACAGGGUCGUGCCAGGAACUUGCUGGCGCAGUACAGCACGAUACAUAUCGGGCUGUGCCGAUAUGUGCUGGCCACAAAAAAUUCAUAUGUGUCGUCAUAUAAUAGCAUGAAAUAUUUAUUUUCUUUAGCAACAAAAUAUUUAAACUGUUUAUUAUCUAUUUUUAUCAAAAUUUUUAAAUUUAUCGAGAUAAUUAUUUACUAAUUUAAAGAACAGAGGUUUUUGAACUGUGGCAUCGACACAACGGUUGUAUCGUGCCGAUUUCUUGUUGGCACGAUGUGGCACGAUAGAUACAGGCCGUGCUGAUGAGCACACGAACUGAUGAGCAUUUAAAUUGUUGGUUGUGUUGUCCUUUUAUUGUAGUUCUCUUAAGUUGUUUUAAAUUUGCAGUUUACAUCAGGAAAUAGAUUUUUUUUUUUUUUCAGUUUACUCUGAGAAAGAUUGCUAUAAAUGGUGGUUGUAGAUUCCAUAAUUUUUGUAACCUUUUUGUAUUUUGAACUGGCUUCUUUCAUGGUUGUCUUCUUAA